AUGAGCGCAACGAAUAAGGAUAGUGAUAAAGAGGCGGAAAGACCAAGUAAUGAUGGCGAAGAAAAUCCAGGCGGCUCGAAGGGUGACGAUGGCAGAGAAAAUCUAGACGACACGUCCGAUGAAGAUAGCGAUGAUGAAAAUUUAGACGACACGUCCGAUGAAGAUAGCGAUGAUGAUAAUCCAGACGUCGCGGAGGAUGACAAUGGCAGAGAAAAUCCAGACAACGCGAAGGGUGGUGAUGGCAGAGAAAAUCUAGAAGACGCGGAGGAUGACAAUAGCACUGAAAAUCCAGGCGGCUCGAAGGGUGACGGUGGGAAAGAAAAUCCAGGCGGCUCGAAGGGUGACGGUGGCAAAGAAAAUCCAGGCGCCACGUACGAUGAAGAUGGCUCAAUUUUGUAUUGUUCAGAUAAGCUUCCAAAGGAAACGAUUCUUAUCGAUCAUGCUAGAGUUUCAGUUUCGACGUUUUGA